AUGAGCGACGAGGAAUCUUCCUCUGGAAUCCCCGCGACUGUUUCUGUACACACAACGGCUUCGAACCAAGCUGAAAAUAUCCAUCGCCCGUCGUUACCUCAAGUGAAACCGCCACCUCCACUCAAUCUUGCUGACUGCUCGGCGAAAAGGUGGAAGUUGUGGAAGCAAACUUGGCUCAACUUUGCUAUUGUCUCGAAAUUUUCAACGCAAGGAGAGGCAUACCAGAAAGCUCUUUUUCUUUGCACCAUCGGACAGAGCGCCUUGGAAAAUCAACGCAUUUCAGUUCACUGCGAGCGAAGAUUCAAACAAGGUCGACACGAUAAUCGUUAA